GAGCAGUUCGUGUCGUACACACCUCUGCAGCGCUUGGUAUACACGCCGUACAGCAAAGAGGAGGAGGCGAAGUUUCUGUCGUUGUAUAUGCAUCACGAAGACAUGAUGGUGGGGUAUGUGCUGCACAAAAUACUUCGAAUCAACAUUACCUUUGUAAAGGAGAAACGUUGUCGGUUUCAUGACCUUCAUCGAGGACACCACAGACGACGUGUGACUUGGAGUUCUGUUGUAAUGCACCGUGCAGAUGAGAGCGACUAUAAGAAGUUGUUGAAGCGAUUUCAGAAAUAUACAAAUCCUCCUGCAAAGGCUUACAACGUUCGAUUUGGACGAUUGGAGUUUGAAUGCUAA